UUAACACUGAUAAAAGGUUCGAUGGUGUGAAUGUGAACAUUAGGUACUCAUUCGUCUUACAGUUUAAAUUUUUUAAGUGUAUGUUUAUCACUAUCACAUUUCUUAUUUAUUUUGGUUAAGAAAUAAAUUUUUUUUUAAACCAAUUGCUCUUCAGCCUCCAGGUACUGAGAUGUCUAUGAAUUGUAGUGUGGAUCAUUUUGCAUCAUAUGAUACUAUUUAUCCUGCAGAUACUGUAGAGUGGUGUCCAAUACCAAAAUACAACAAUGUGCUUGUGUGUGGAACUUAUAAACUUGAUGAAGCAAACAAAUCAAAAACUGGCACUAUUAAUUUAUUCACUUUAGACAAUCAAAAUAAGAUUAAAUUAGUUCAGAGUGUCUCUGAAGAUGCUGUGCUAGAUUUAAAGUGGAAUCCUUUUAUUGUUUCUGGACAAAUAUUGUUAGCAGCUGCAUUGUCAGGCAAGCAUGUUAGUAUAUAUCGCUUGGAUGAAAAAGGUACAGAUUUAUCUUUAAAUUUAUUCACUAGUUUUGAUCUUCCAAAAACUGACGGUGAAUCUCAUAUGAGUUUAUCAAUUGCUUGGUCAUCCCUUUAUGAGAAUGGAUCACAAAGUAUUGCAUUUAGCGAUUCUUGUGGUUAUAUCACUUUAGUCAAUUUAAAUGACAAACUCAUACGCAGUUUCAAAGCUCAUAAUUUUGAAUCAUGGAUUGUUACCUACAAUUAUUGGGAACCCAACAUAUUAUACACAGGUGGUGAUGAUUGUACAUUUAAAUGUUAUGACCAACGUUUACAAUUUGACAAACCUGUUUUUGAAAAUAAAGAACAUGAACAAGGAGUAACAACUUGCUCAUCAAAUAAAAUCCGAAAAAAUAUAAUUGUUACAGGAAGUUAUGAUGAAAAUAUAAGAUUGUGGGACAUACGUAAUAUGAAACAUAGUUAUAAUAAUGUAAAAGUCGAUGGUGGAGUUUGGAGAUUGAAAUGGGAACCUAAUAAAGAAGAAUAUCUUUUAAGUGCUUCAAUGUUUAAUGCUGCUCAUAUUAUAGACACAUCGUUUCAUGUCGCUAAUAUUUGUCAAUCUUUUGGGGAAAAAAACAAUAGACUUUACUAUGGAGCCGAUUGGUGUCACCAAAACGAUACUCAAUUUCAACAUGACACAAAAUCAAAAAACAAAAAAAUAAUUUCUACAUGUUCAUUUUAUGACCAUAGAUUAGAUUUAUUUUUUGUCAAUAUGAAAUUAUAA